AUGCGACCGUUGAGGCGGGGUCUACGUCCACUUUUCUUUCGCUGCAACUUACCCCAGGCCCGCUUUCACGAAGAUUACAUUGAUGCACGAAUUAUUGGUCUUCGAAAAUGUGCAAUUUUGUGCUCCUACAUCAUCAUUGCGAUUGUCGGUUUAGCACAUGUCUGGGCUACCUGUCCACUUCCAUACCGACUAUGGGGAAGACGAUCGGAGGCCAAACACCCCGCGCCCCUUGAUCAGGUCGUGGUUGGUGUGUUUUCUGGCGACACAGCUGUCGGCCAGUGCACAAUUUCGAGCAUACUUUACCUACUCCAGACGCCCGGGACUCAAUCUGCUAUCUCGACGAUCGGCCGACUCCUCGUUUGGACGAGUCUCUCGACCGCCGACCUUCCGACUUGGCUGACUGAGAGUCGCCUUGUACAGCUGAUGGAAUGGGACCCGCUACACGCCGGGAAGUCAGGAGACAACGAAUCUCCAGUACGUGAUCAUCUUCUAUCAGGCCUCCCUGUCUGGCCAAGCCUGGUUGAUUAA